AUGGCAGAUAACCCUGUUUUCAUCUCCUGGCAGACCACCUCACUGACCAUCAACUUUGUCAAAAAUGAGUUUGGGGCAAUUUGUCUUUAUGAGAUUCUCCCCUUGAAUCAUCGCCAUCAGAAGUCUGCUUCACCCCUCUUCGCCUCGUCUGAGCUACCACUUGUGAGUGUCAGGCUCAAUGGCGAAGGCAAUACCAAUGACAAGACGGCAAAAUCACUUGUUGGCGGGUAUCUGUCUUCCAGGCUGCGAUACAAAAGUCAUCAACAGAGCCAUGAUGGAGAUAUGCAGAGAUUGGACAUUCAUAGUGAGGAUGAAAGGUCGGGGAUCUCAGUGACUACUCAUUUGAGCGUAUACCGAGACGUGCCUGUCCUUAGGUCAGCAGUCACCAUCAGAAAUGAAUCCAAGUCGUCAGAUGUUAUUGUGACGCAGCUUUCAUCUUUGACCAUCGGCGGCCUCACAACAAGAUCAAAUGAAUGGAACAAAGACUAUAUCCUCAGAACGGCAACCAAUACCUGGUUCAGGGAAGCUCAAUGGCGCAAACACUCACUACCCGACAUUGGCAUAGACAAAAACGGUAUCUGUGAACUAGGUGACGGCCACUCAGGGUCUCAGGCAACCUUUGGUCUCCAGAACAGGGGAUCCUUCUCAACUGGCUCGUACCUACCAAUGGGAAUAUUGGAGUCUGAGUCAAAUUCGGAUACCUGGGCUUGGCAGAUCGAACACAAUGGAUCCUGGAGAUGGGAAAUCGGAGACUACAAAGAUAGCGUCUACGUCGCGGCUGGAGGCCCAACCAAGGCAGACCACGAUUGGAGACAUACUCUACGCCCCGGCGACAGUUUCACUUCGCCUCCGGUCUCUCUGACUCGGGUUUCUGGAUGUUUCCAAGACGCUAUCCGUGCACUGAACGACUACAGACGACGAAUCAUUCGGCCACACGAUGACAACAAGAGGGUUCCGAUAGUUUUCAACGACUACAUGAACUGUCUCAUGGGCGACCCAGAUGAAGAUAAGAUCGAAGCUUUACUCGAUCCUGUGGCCCAGUCUGGAGCCGAAUACUUUGUCAUUGAUGCCGGCUGGUACGCCGAUGAUAGCAACUGGUGGGAUGACGUUGGAUUGUGGGAACCUUCCAAAAGGCGGUUUCCCUCUGGAUUCAAAACACUGAUGGACAAGAUUAAGAGUAAGGGUCUCAUUCCAGGGCUAUGGUUGGAGCCUGAAGUCGUGGGCGUCCGGAGUGUCGUUGGUGAAAGACUGCCAGAGGAUGCGUUCUUUCACGAGAAUGGGCAACGGGUUGUCGAGAGAGGAAGAUUUCAGCUCGACUAUCGCCAUCCGGAGGUACGAGCCUGGAUGACCAGCGUCGCUGAUAGACUUGUGGUCCAUUACGGAGCUGGGUUCUUCAAGUUCGACUACAACAUCGAAGUCAUCCAAGGAACCGAUGCUCCAGGCCCAUCUUCCGCUGGUGCCAACCAGCUCCUCCACCAGAGAUGCUAUCUCGACUGGGUCCGGUCACUCCUCGACAAGCAUCCAAACCUUGUGAUCGAGAAUUGCUCCAGCGGUGCACAAAGGAUGGAUUACGCCAUGCUAUCAGUCCACUCUCUUCAGUCCACCAGCGACCAGCAAGACCCUAUCCUGUACGCUGCCAUCGCUGCAGCCCUGCCAACAGGUGUACUGCCCGAGCAAAGUGCGAGCUGGGCAUAUCCUCAGCCGGAAUGGAGCGACGAACUCAAUGCUUUCACUGUAGUGAACAGUCUGUUGGGGAGAGUCUAUCUCAGUGGUAGACUUGAUCGUUUGAGUACUUCGCAGAUGGAGCUCAUCAUCGAGGGGAUGGAUGUUAACAAGAUGAUUCGUCGGCAUCUUGUGACGGCACAUGCUAUCUGGCCUCUGGGACUGCCUCGUUGGCAUGAUGAUUGGAUAUCGCUGGGAUUGGAGACUGAUAAUGGUCUGUACCUUUCAGUGUGGCGAAGAGGCGGUAGCUGUUCAAAGAAGAUACCGCUACCAAGACUGGCUGGCAGUGGCAAGGUCCAGGUAAACGUCUUGUACCCCAAACGACUACCUACCCAAGCCAUUUGGAACAAAGGACAAGAUGCUCUAGAGCUUAAACUUCCUGAGACGAGGUGUGCUCGGGUUCUUCAUAUUACUACCUAG